AUGUCCCUCCUCACCACCCUCCCCCGGGGCACCCCUCUUCGGUCACUCCGCUCUCUGUCCACCUCUGCUCCCCGGAUCGCCGAAGCUGCCCCGGCCGCUCUACCGCGCUACGUCCGAAAAGCUGCCGCCCCCGCCAAAGGCGGCUACAAGAGCUCCUCCGCCUCUACUGCUGCCAAGGCAGUCCCGGCUUAUCCCAAGUACACCAGGCCCACUGCUGCUGCCGCCAAACCAGCCGCUCCACCCGUGGCGGAGGCAGCACCAGAAUCUUUUCCCGAUAUGCCCUUUGAAGAAACCCUGAUCGAAGAUUACGCCCACCUCGCACCUCCUAACGCUGCCCCCUCUCCACCUCUCACCGACUUGCCCGACCAGUCGUAUCAGCCUCUUCCAUCUGCGACCACCCCUGAGAAUUUGGGCUUGGGUCAGGGGAACAAGAUACCAGGGGAAGCUGCGGUAGGCCAGGAUUGGAGUACGUCUUUUGCGGGGUUGUCGGAGAAGCCGUUCCCGAGGGAGACGGCGGAGGCUUUAUUGAGAGAGCUGAAGCCUGAUGAUGUGGAGAUCAAGCCUGAUGGACUGCUGUACCUCCCCGAGAUCAAGUACCGACGGACGCUCAACCUCGCUUUCGGUCCUGGUGGAUGGGGUCUGGCGCCCAGAGGCGAAACUCACGUUGGUCCUCGGAUCGUCUCACGCGAAUGGGGACUUGUCUGUCUUGGUCGUUUGGUGUCCGUGGCGAGAGGCGAGCAAGAGUACUUUGACCCUUCCGGUAUUGCGACAGCUACGGAGGCUUGUAAAAGCAAUGCUUUGAUGAGGUGUUGUAAGGACCUGGGUAUUGCUUCGGAGCUCUGGGAUCCUUCAUUUAUCCGGAAGUUCAAGAAAGACCAUUGUCUGGAAGUGUUUGCCGAGCACGCCACCAGGAAGGGAUCCAAGAAGAAGCUUUGGAGGAAGAAGAAUGCACCCAAGUUCGAGUAUCCUUACAAGGAAUAA